AUGAGAAUGAGAACCUACCAUGGAGCACUGCUCCUCGUCCUUGCCAUGGUGAUGGCGAUGCUGUCAACAGGGAUCUGCACAGCACCGGUGCCAGCGCCGACGCCGGCGCCGAGCUCGGAGGAGUCCCCGACGACGAAGCACACGUGUUUGAAGGUCCUCGCCGACAGCGGCUGCGACCGCAAGGCGUGCCACGGCAACUGCUUCAUCAAGCUCAAGGGCAAUGGAGUGUGCCUCCGCGACGUGUGCUGGUGCUCGUACACCUGCACAUCGCUGCUGCCGCCGCCGCCGGCCCGGUGA